AUGGCUGGCCUGAAUGUCUCCAUUGCUUUUUUUUUCCUGGUUGUUGGGGUGUGCCAGGCACUCAGGCGGCUUUCCAAGAGGCUUCUGUCUCCUGGAGUGUACGGCUGCCUUGCCAGAGAACUCGCUGGCUCGUUACAGUUGUGCACGAGCUGCCUGGAGCUGAGGAUGCUGUUGGAGAUUGGCCCGUGGGGUGGUGGCUUUGGCCCAGACGUGGUCCUGACUCUGCUCUUCCUCCUCUUUGCUCUUCACGUUGCCUCUUUCGAUGGAGCAUCUGCCAACCCAGCCGUCUCUCUCCAGGAGUUCCUGCUCCUCGAGUCCAACCUCGCCACAACGGCUGCCAAGCUGCUGGCCCAGGGUGCAGGCAUGGGGACAGGCUGGGCUGUCACCAAGCUCUACUGGUCUUGGGAGCUGACGCAUUUCCACCUCAUCCAGAACCUGAUAGCGUCUGAGUGCAGCUCCUCCAUCCGCACGUCCCUGCACCACGCUGCCUUUGUGGAAGGCAUCUGCUCUUUCCUCUUCCACCUUGUCCUUCUCAAGUUGCGCCAGAAUCACCCAAUCUACCGGGUCCCUGUGCUGGCGGCGACUGUCACCUUCCUGACCUACACAGCCGAACCAUUCACGGGGGCCUUCUUCAACCCUGCCCUGGCCACCGUCACCACCUUCCACUGCUCGGGGAACAGCUUUUGGGACUACGUCCAGGUUUACUGGCUGGGGCCCCUCUCAGGGAUGCUCGCUGCCCUCCUGCUGUACCAAGGCAACGUCCCACGCCUCUUCCAGAAAAACCUCCUCUACAGCCAGAAGAGCAAAUACAAGAUCCCCAAGGCGAGGGUGGCGGCGCCCAUGGAGGGUGACGAACUGCGUCGGAAGAGGAAAGGGGAGAAGAGCAACUCAGAGCCUCGUGCCUGA